AUGAACAUAUGGAAACGAGCUUCCGUAGCACUCAAGGACGGAACAAGCCUCAUCGCAGCAGAUGACCUUCUCAAGACAGCCGUGGUGAAAGCAACAAACCACGACGAAUUCUCCAUCGAUCCAGAGAACGCUCUCUUCAUCUACCGCCACGUCCGCACCACCCCUGCCAGCCUCAAGCCUCUCAUCAGCGCCAUCUCCUCUCGCGUGACACGCACGCGUAGCUGGGUGGUCGCCCUAAAAGGCCUAAUGCUAAUGCACGGCUUCUUCCUCUCCAAAACCACCGCCGCGGAGUCGAUCGGACGGUUACCGUUCGAUCUCUCCGCUUUCGGCAGGGAAGGAAAAGGAAGGAACUCGCGCGGGUUCAACCUCUUCGUACGCGCUUACUUCGCGUUUCUCGAUAGACGUUCGAUCCUAUUCCACGAUGGUAACCGUCACCGCUACGAUGAGGAGUCUUCGGUUAUGAUUAGGCUUGUGAUUAUACGUAAGAUGCAAGUGAUUAUCGAUUCGUUGGUUCGGAUUAAACCGGUUGGGGAGAGUGUGAGGAUACCUGUGGUUAACGAAGCGAUGGAGAAUGUGAUCAACGAGAUACUUGAGGUGUACGGUUGGAUCUGUCGACGGAUCGCGGAAGUGUUGCCGAAUGUUAACUCGAAGUCUGGGAAGCGGCAGGCGGAUAUGGCGUUGAAGAUUGUGGCGAAGUCGAUGACUCAGGGAGAGGAGCUUGUGAAGUAUUUUGUGUUUUGUAGAGAUCUUGGAGUGGCGAAUGCUCAGGAGAUUCCUGAUUUCGUGAGGAUUCCGGUUGAUGAUGUGAUUCAUCUUCAUGAGAUUGUGUGGACGGAUAAGGAAGAGAAGGGGGGAGGAGAAGCUGAGGAGAGGGAUGAGUGUGAGAAUAGUGAGGAGAGGAGGAAGUGUGUAGAAGAGGAUGAGGAGAUGGAGCGUGAAUUGAUUACUGAAAUUGAUGAUUUGAUUAAACUUGAUGAUGAAGAAGAGGAGAAGGAGAAGGAGAUGGAGGAGGAGGAUGAGCGCUUAACUGCUCCUCCCGUAGUUGAUAUUCCAGAUUUAAUUAGCCUCUGA